AUGACAACAGAUACGACAACAGAAAGGCCACUGGUAGCCUUCCUUGGCCCGCCCUCCUCAUUCACCCACCAGGCGACCAAGUCCGCCUUCCCAGAGGCCGAGUAUAGCCACCAGCCCGUAGGGACCAUCAAGGACGUCUUCGAGGCGGUCCAGUCCGGGACCACGCAGCUGGGCGUGGUCCCCUUUGAGAACUCGACGCACGGCGUCGUCACUUUUACGCUCGACAGCCUGGCGGACCGCCGCGGGGCCUAUGGCGACCUGCGAGUCUGCGGCGAGGUUUAUCUCGAUGUGCACCAUUUUCUGCUAGGCGCAGAGCUCGAGCCGUCGCUGGGCCACGUGAGGCGCGUGCUGAGCCACCCCCAGGCACUGGGCCAGACGGACGGGUUUCUGACGCAGCACCUGGCGGGCGUGGAGCGCGUGGACGUCAGCUCGACGAGCAGGGCGGCGGAGCUGGCGAGCCAGGACACCGAGGGGACCACUGCCGCGGUGGCGGCGGAGAUGGCGGCGGACAUGUUUGGGCUGGAUGUGUUGGCGCGGCAUAUCGAGGACCGGGAUGACAAUACGACGCGGUUCUUUGUGCUGCGGAGGAGAAAGAGGAGGAGGAGGAGGAGGAGGAGGAGGAGCAGCAGCAGCAGCAGCAGCGACGAGCAAGAGGCGUCCGAGGCACCAGAGAAGGGCUACAAGAGCCUGGUGUCGUUCACGGUGCCGCACAGGUCGCCUGGUGCGCUGGCGGCUGUUCUGGACGUUUUUAACAAGUAUGGCCUCAACCUGACGAGCAUCAACAGUCUGCCCAGCCUCAUCGCGCCCUUUCAGUACCUCUUUUUUGUCGAGUUUGAGGGGAGCAGGGAGCAUGACCCGGAGGGCCAGGUGAAAAGCGCGCUGGACCAAGUGGACAAGGUCGCUGAGGGAUGGAGAUGGCUGGGCAGCUGGGAAAGGCAACGGUAG